CAAACACCCCCUUAGCCCACCGAUCCCUCCUCCUUUCUCCCCACCCUCCCCCCUCUCUCUCCAGAUCUUUCCUCUCUCUCUCAAUUUUUAUAGCCGACUUUUCUUCACAUCUUAAACAAUCCUCAGUUUUUUAUCAACUUCAAAUUAGGGUUUUUUAAUAAAAAAUAAAAAAAUUCUUAUCGACCUGUUAAUCUUCUCCUUAUUUCAAUCUUGUUAUUUUAUUUUAUUUUAUUUUAUUUUUUCAUAGGAAAAUCGGAAUGGUGGGUUCUCAGAGUUCAAAUGGUACGGCGGCGAAGAGGUACGGAAUCACGAAACCCAUAUCCGUCGCGGGUCCCACUGAACCUGAUCUCCAUCGAAAUGCCGAAUUAGAGAAGUUUUUGGUUGACUCGGGCUUAAACGAGAGCAAAGAUGAAACUAUUAAGAGAGAAGAGGUUCUAGGCCGUAUCGAUCAGAUUGUGAAAGAUUGGGUCAAGCAAUUGACGCGUCAAAGGGGAUAUACUGAUCAGAUGGUAGAGGAAGCCAAUGCUGUUAUUUUUACUUUUGGGUCUUACCGUCUUGGGGUGCAUGGUCCUGGGGCUGACAUAGACACCUUGUGCGUUGGGCCUUCUUACGUGAAUCGAGAGGAAGAUUUCUUUAUUACCUUGCAUGAUAAACUGGCUGAAAUGGAAGAAGUUACUGAACUUCAGCCAGUUCCAGAUGCUCAUGUCCCAGUUAUGAAGUUUAAAUUCCAGGGAAUAUCAAUUGACCUUCUCUAUGCAAGUAUAUCCCUUUUGGUUGUUCCAGAAGACCUGGACAUCUCCAAUGGGUCUGUGCUCUAUGAAGUUGAUGAGCAAACUGUUCGAAGUCUAAAUGGGUGCAGGGUUGCUGAUCAAAUUCUUAAACUUGUUCCAAAUGUCGAGCACUUUCGGACAACACUCAGAUGUCUGAAGUUCUGGGCUAAAAGGCGUGGUGUUUAUUCAAAUGUCACUGGUUUCCUUGGUGGAGUAAACUGGGCUCUUCUAGUUGCUCGAGUGUGCCAGCUUUAUCCUAAUGCAAUUCCUAGUAUGCUAGUCUCUCGGUUCUUCAGAGUCUAUACACAAUGGCGUUGGCCGAAUCCUGUGAUGCUAUGCUCAAUAGAAGAAGAUGCGCUUGGGUUUCCUGUGUGGGAUCCUCGCAAAAAUCCUCGAGACCGGUUUCAUCAUAUGCCAAUAAUAACUCCUGCAUAUCCUUGCAUGAAUUCUAGCUACAAUGUGUCUACAAGUACUCUUCGUGUUAUGACAGAGCAAUUCCAAAGUGGUAACAGGAUAUGUGAGGAGAUUGAACUGAACAAGGCACAGUGGAGUGCUCUUUUUGAGCCUUAUCUUUUCUUUGAGGCAUACAAAAAUUACCUGCAAGUUGACAUAGUUGCAGCUGUUGCUGCUGAUUUGCUAGCGUGGAAAGGCUGGGUAGAGUCUCGGCUUAGACAACUUACCUUGAAGAUAGAGCGGGAUACCAAUGGGAUGCUGCAGUGCCAUCCUUAUCCAAAUGAGUAUAUAGAUGCAUCCAAGCAAUGCCCACAUUGUGCUUUCUUCAUGGGCUUGCAGAGGAAAGAGGGAGUGACCAGUCAGGAGGGCCAGCAAUUUGAUAUCCGGGGAACUGUUGAUGAGUUUAGGCAAGAAAUAAACAUGUACAUGUUUUGGAAACCAGGGAUGGAAAUAUAUGUCUCUCAUGUUCGUAGAAGGCAGCUUCCAGGCUUUGUUUUCCCUGAUGGGUACAAGCGAUCUCGAUCAUCACGGCAUGUUAACCAGCACACUAGCAAAACUGGUGAAGAUGUUGCAAGAUCUCAGUCUGGGUCUGCUGAGAGACCUGUUAAGCGGAAAAAUGAUUGUGAAAUGGAGGAUUUGAAGCCAGAGAAACGGGCUUUAAAUAGUCCAAUAAGACCUCAGUCUGUUUCUCCUUCCAGUAGUGUUAGUAGGUCUGGUGUGACAUCUCUGGCUAGUUCCUGUGAAGGUGUUAAAUUAGGGUGUUCAACAAUUGACAUUGGUAGCAACUGCAAAGAUGUUGCUAGCAACUCUGAGGUUAGGUCAUCUAGUGGGCAGUUGGAGAGUGAAAAAGAUGGUUUGGGCGAUGCCAUGCAGCUUGGUGAAACUGUCUAUCAGGAUUCGCCAUUAAAUAGACAGAUCUCUAUGGAUGUACAUGAUUCAAAGAUAGUUAGGAAUGAGCUAGAACCAGCUAAUAAUAUGAAUGGAAUAGAGCCAAUGGAACAAAAUUUUGAAACUGGGGAAAAACAUGAGACUGGUGUAAAUGACAAAAUUGCAGGUUUGGGUUCAAACAUAAUGGAGAGUGGAUCUUCCAGAAAACUGUUAAAUUGGGUAGCGGGCACUAGUCAAGCCGUGGAGGUUGACCAAGAGCUUGUCAAACCAUGUUGUCAGACAGCUGUUGUAGAAUAUGCUGACAGCGUUAUAAAGUCACAUUCUGGCACUCAGAACCUCAACUGUGAGGGUAAUGUAUGUGCUGUGGAUGCGGAUGUGGUUCUGGAAAAUGGAUGUUUAAACAUGAACCGAGUGUUGCAAAAAGGCUUGCCAGAGGAAUUAGAGCCGAAGACUGCAAUUGGGAAAGUUGUAAAUUCUCAAGACGGUGCUAGGUCAGAAUCCUUGCAGAAGCCAAUGAUAAGGUUGAGUUUGAAGUCAACUGCAUAAAAAUUCGGAAGGUGGAACAAUUAAAUGAGAUUACUGUUCAGAAAGGAGAGGACCAGCGAUUUGGUAAGUGAAACGUUAAUUGCUGCCAUUCGUCACGGGUUCUUGGUGUUUGGCACUAUCAUGUGGACUGGGACAGGUCAGCCACGAAUUAAAUUGUGAAUAUCUCAGUGGUUUGACCAAGUCUUGGGUGUGUUAUAUUGCUGUGGUUGGAAGAAGCAGUGAACUUGCUGGAGCAAGAAGCUGUCAGCAUUCCAGUGCUCUGAAGACCUUUUGCGCUGUUAUAGAGUUGUAUUUGUUGUUUCCUUGUGGGCGUGGGAAGGCGGGUUUCUUGUUUUUCAUGUUUAUUUGGAAUCAAUUAUACUGCAAACAGGAUCAACUCUGUGUGAUUUGUAAAGGGUUUUGUCUCUGUAUACUUGAAUUCUUGAGAUGCAAGUUCUCUAUCCAUCAACCUUUGGAAGUGGACAAAAUUUUG